AAUGGAACGACCGAAGAGGUGACAUCCGAGGAGGAAGAGGAGGAAGAUAUGGGUGAAGACAUCGAUCUGGAUCAUUACGACAUGAAGGAGGAAGGCCCUGCUGAAGGGAAGAAAACGGAGGAUGACGGUAUCGAGAAGGAGAAUCUAGCCAUUUUGGAAAAAAUCCGGAAGAAUCAAAGGGAGGAUCACCUAAACGGAUUUAUUCAGUGGAACUCGUGAAUGACAGCCUGUACGAGUGGCACGUGAAACUUCUAAAGGUCGAUCCUGACAGCCCGUUACACAGCGAUCUCCAAGUCUUAAAAGAGAAAGAAGGCGUGGAAUAUAUUUUGCUCAGCUUCUCUUUUAAGGAUAAUUUUCCGUUUGACCCUCCGUUUGUCCGAGUGGUCUCUCCAGUACUCAGCGGAGGGUAGGUCCAAUCCUUUUUUUUUUAAUCGGUCAUCAUUCAGAAAUUACAAAUCUGUUAUUCCUCUUUCUCUUCUGGACAAUUAUGGGUGCAGCUUCUUCAAUAUUUCCUCGGAAGCCUCCGAGUAAGAGAAUAGUAAGAGAAGUGCUAGUAGUUGUGUAAUCUAAGGCUGAAUGUCAAGAAUAUAUAUUUUUGUGGCCAAUCAUUCCUGAAUUGGGCUGUCGCCAGUCAAUCUAUUUUCUCUGAGUAGGAAACAUUUGCAUGUGAGAUAUUAAAGGGAUUCCUGUUCUAACUGGAGAGAUAUACGAAAAAAGAGUUAAAAGGCUUACAAUUUUAAUCAAGACUUCCUGCACCGCCCGGUGCUUAGCUACCUUUUGUAACUGUCUUUCUGCUAAAUUAUUCUCAGAGCGAAUAGUUCAAGCUAUUUGCCAAUUCCAAAGCUGAUUUUACAGCUUUGAUGGUCUCCGUUUCCAAACUGCCACCUGCAAAAUGGAGAUAGUGCAAGCAAAUAGACAAUAUAUAUAUAUAUGUAUGUAUGUAUGUAUGUAUGUAUGUAUGUAUACGUACAUACAUACACACACACACACACACACACACACACACACAUUUCCAAAUUAACUUUAGAGCCUUGGGCUCCUGUCUCCAUAGGUUUAACUAAGAAAGUCUAACUUUAAACAUGACUUUAACUACCCAUUUCGGAGAAGGCUAGUAGACUAGUGCAAAAUCAGUAGUUAAAGUCA